GGGCGCGCGGUGGUUUCGCGCGGGGAUGCGCGCGCGCGCGCCUGCCUCGCCUCCCUAGCCCGCUCCGGUGCUACGUGCUUUCUUUGUCAAUGAGGCGCCGCUCUGAGCUGCAGUAGCAUUCGCGGCUGGAGCCGGAGUCCAGCGAUCCAGUGAACCGACAGGGACAGAGACCCGGGCGCAGGGGCGGCGGCGGGCGGCACGCUGCACGAGCCAGGUCCGCGGGUCCCCACGUCUCGUAGCCUCGCGCUCGAGGUGCAGCAUCCGGCCCCGGGGAGGGGACCAGGGCGCCGCCCGUCCCACCCUCGCCAUACCGUGGGAACCCCCAUGCAACCCCGGUACCCGCGCGCCUGAAACCCCGGCUCCGUUGAGCCCGCCUCCGACCGAGGCAGGACGAGCGAGCAGCUCGCACCUCCUGCCUCCCUCCGACUCCCGGGCCAUGGCCCGAGAUGCCCGGUGAGGAACGGUGCGCGGAGGGCUGGGCUCCCGGGCGCGGCGUGGAAAGAGGCAGCGGCCUGGAUGUAUGAACAGUCCCUAUGGCUCUGCAGGAGGCGAAGCCCCAGGGCCCGAGCAAAGCUGGGCCGGCGGCGCGGGAGCCCAGGGAUCGGCCCCGGGAGCCAGGGCUCUGCGGGGCGGGCGGGAUCGCCGCGCGCUGCCAGGGCGUGAAGAGCUCCGGGGCCCGCGGCUCCGAGGAUGUGCUGCCGCUGCGGCCGCUGCUGCUGGGACUCUUGCUGCUGGCUGCCCUCUCCGGGAACUGCCGGGCCGACUCGGGGGCAGACAAUCUACAGACACAUGUCACUCCGACCUCAGAGUCCUUUCCCCUUGGGAAAUUGUUACCAAUUUCACCAACAUGGCCUUUCUUGGAAGUCAAGUCUUCCUCAGCAGCGGACAGAAUCAAGAAUGUGCUGGGACAGCCUCCUGACAACACAACCUUGACACAGCUAUCCCAGACACCUCUGCCCAAGGCACACCGUAAGACCAGGGCUCAUGUGGACUUCUCCUCAUCCCUUUACCAAGGAAGUGGACAUAGCGCCUCCCUGGAUCUUGCCAAGGACCCCACUGAGACUCUGGUCCAAACAAGGCCUGAAGGGGGAAGAGAAGCAGCGGACAUGUCAGGUUUGCCUCGCACCAGCAUGCUCCCCCCAUUACCUACAGCCCCAUCAGCCACCUCGAGUGCUAUCUCCCCAUCACAGCCCUUGGUAGGGAUGCCGUCCCUUUCGAAGCAUCCGUUGAGGUCAGACAGCUUUCUAUUUCUCCCUCCACCACCAUCAUCUUCAUUGGUCCCCGAUUCACUGCAUUCCAUCACCCCUCCUAAGCCUGUAGAACGUCCCACCAAAGUGCCUUUGUUUCCCCAAACGACACCAGCUGACUCCUCUUCAGGUCAGAGCCCAGUUCAUGCCCUAAACCCAUUUUUUCAUAAAACAAACCUCUUCUCAUCCAGAAAUGCCCAGACUUUCAUAGGUAUCCCUCGUCUAGACUUUUCUACAUCCUUAACAAAGCAGUACUCUAAGCUGUCCCCAUCAGAGAAUCCCCGCUUAGCAGCUUCCUCAACUCCUGGGGUUCUGAGCUCCAUUGCAGAACUGGACCACCUGUCUCUCCCUUCCCUAGCCCCUGGAGGCCUUCCAGGUGGAACCUCCUCGUGGUCCAUGUUGGAAGAGGCUUCGAGUCCUGUAUCCACCCAGCCAGUCCACACAGCGGGGCCUGUCAGAGGGCACAGUGCAGUAUCAUUUCCCAUUUAUCUGCGCACAGCGGCAGCAAGCCAUGAGGCCUGGGCCCCACGCUUCCAGACUGCAGAGUCAGUGAUGACCAGCAGAGAGCUAGCCCCUGUUCCUCCUACAAAUAGUUCUGCCAACUGGCCACAUUUGUCAGAAGUGCCAGAGAAUUCCAGAAAGCCCACACUCUCCCCAGAAAACAAACCUUCCUCUUUGGUACCUCCUCCUCCUCAGCCGCUCACUACACUCAGUCAAGGGCAAGUGGUCCAUUCUGAGGCAGCUUCUGCAUCACCACAGAAGGGGGCAGGUGCCCCUCCCUCCCCGCUUACUGUCCUCCAGCCCAGUAAGGAUCAGGCCCAUCCAGCCCCUGCACCAGAGGCACCCACGUCCCAGGAAGAUGACCGUGACGAGUACCUUCCCGAUGCAGCCACACACCUCCUCUCAAGCAAACUUCCUGAUCUUCCCCCUACGAUUUGGACAUUUCCUCAGCAAAAGGAGGGCAAGACAGCAGCCAUUUUCUGGACAAAUGAAAAGGCAAACGGGACAGUUUCUCUGUGGGCUCUUCCAACUAAAGAGGCUCCUAGUCGUCGUGCAGUGAAUGACUCCACCUCUGAUUUUAACACAGGUCGUAUGUCACCUCUCAUCAUGACAGCACUAAGAACAGACCUCUCUCCUCCAGGGUCAUUUCCAUCACCCAUGCCCACCACACAGGCCCCUUCUCCCGGCGUUUCCAGCACCAAGCUGGGGACUCUCGCAGCUGUCACAAGCCGGUCAGAGUUGCCAGCUUCAGCUUCCAAACAGGUGACAGCACUUUCCUCCUCCACCGGUGUCCAUGAUUUCCCAACAAUGGGAGGCACAAGAAAGCCAGCAGCCACAGAUGUUUUCCAGGGCUUUCUUUCAGCAGAAACUGCACCGCUCGCCACACAGUCAUCGAUAUCUGACUUGCAGCAGCAGACGAAUCACGAUGUAAACACUCAUACAAUUAACUCCACACACUGGGAACCUCAUCCAGCUUCGGCGGCUCUUCCCAGUGGUACGACUUCAGCUGCCAAUGCAUUACAGCCUCAGAAUUUCAAAGAGAUUGCUGGACAGCUGGUGGCUGCAGACGGCUUUAACCUCCAGACUGCAGCCCUCAGUCCCCGUCCCAGUCAGCCUCCUCAACCGUCAGAAGAAGCUGCAGUCGAAAGCCACACAGACCUCCGGCUCGCAGGCAAGCAUGCCGGAGACUUUGACCCAGAAAUGGUUCAUUACCACGCAUCUACAAGCCAACAUCCUAUGUCACAGCUGCCCAUCCGGCCAGCCCAUCCUUUUUGGCCGACCUGGCCGAGUUUAGCUUCUGCAGCUAGCUUGCACCAAAUGCUUUCAGACGGAACAGACACAGGACCACAAAUUUCCAGUGACAUCUAUCUAUCGCCAGGGGAAAGCGGCUCCCCACAAUUCCAGAGUGUCCUGGAAGACCGCUCAUCUACAGCCUCACCUUCCGUAUCAACCGGUGCCUUUUCCAGGACCCCUUCCAAAGUGCUGCGAACCUCUCGGCGCCCCAAGAAAUGGACAGGUGCAGCCACUAACACGGGUAGUUUGUUUCCUGGUACCCAGAAAACAGUGGAAACCUCAGUGUCCUCCAAGGGAGAACUGUCAGCCACCGUAGCAGCAGCCGCCACCACCACACUGUUUCUGAGGAAAUCAAGUCCAGCGCCACUGUCUGCAGCCCUUACUGCUAAGGGCACUGGCGGUGGCGGCAGCUUAGCCAAGAGCAGUCUGACCACUGCUCUAGCUAAAAAUGUCACCAACAAGGCAGCACCAGGCCCAAAGGUGACAGCAGGGACAGUCCACACAGCCUUCCCAUUCACACCAACCUACAUGCUUGCCCGGACAGCACACAGCCUGAGCACUCACACAGCCAUGCAAGGGGCCUCAGGCUCUGUGUCAGGCCUGUUGUCCACAACACACCUCCCCAAGAAGCCCCAAGCCAUGCACACUGGCCUCCCUAAUCCUACCAGGCCAGACACACCCAGAGCAUCCACACCCCGCCCACUGACAAUCACAGCCGCGCUGACGUCCCUUACAGCAUCCGUAAAGGCCACUAGACUGCCUUCUUUGCAGACAGGAAACACAGAUGCUGCUUUUCCGGCUGUGUCUACUGCAAUGGUCACAACUGGCAGGAUGGCAUCCAACUUGGACUGUCAGAUGUCCCACAAGUUCCUCGUGAAGACAGUUUUCUUCCUAACUCAGAGGAGAAUACAGAGCAGUGAGUCCUUGAAGCUUGGUGUAACCAAAGGGCUCACACAAGCAUUGCGGAAGGCUUUCCACCAGAAUGACGUCUCCGCUCACGUGGACAUUCUGGAAUAUUCUCAUAAUGUCACAGUUGGCUAUUAUGCUACCAAAGGGAGGCUGGUGUAUUUGCCGGCUGUGGUGAUGGACGUGCUGGGUGUGUAUGGAGUCAGCAACGUCACGGCCGAUCUGAAGCAGCACGCUCCCAACUUACAGUCUGUGGCAGUGCUUGCCUCCCCAUGGAAGCCCCAGCCUGCAGGUGCCUUCCAGCUGAAGACAGUGCUGCAGUUUGUAAGCCAGUCAGACAACAUCCAGUCCUGCAGGUUUGCCCAGACAAUGGAGCAGAGGCUGCAGAAGGCAUUCCAGGAUGCAGAGAGGAAGGUCCUCGGCACCAGGAGCAACCUGACAGUUCAGAUCGUGAGCACGUCCAAUGCCUCCCAAGCCGUCACACUGGUGUAUGCUGUGGGCAAUCAGAGCUCCUUCCUCAACGGCACCAUGGCCAGCAGCCUCCUUAGCCAGCUCUCAGCUGAGCUGGUAGGAUUCUACCUCACCUACCCUCCACUCACCAUCGCUGAACCACUGGAAUAUCCCAACCUUGACACAUCAGAAACAACCAGAGACUACUGGGUCAUCACAGUGCUCCAGGGUGUGGACAACUCGCUGGUGGGUCUGCACAACCAGAGCUUUGCCCGGGUCAUGGAGCAGCGCCUGGCUCAGCUGUUCAUGAUGUCCCAGCAACAGGGUCGGCGGUUUAAACGUGCUACCACCUUGGGAAGCUACACUGUGCAGAUGGUGAAGAUGCAGCGAGUGCCAGGACCGAAGGACCCGGCGGAGCUGACCUACUACACGCUGUACAAUGGGAAGCCACUGCUGGGGACUGCAGCAGCCAAGAUCCUGAGCACCAUUGACUCCCAGAGGAUGGCCCUGACCCUGCAUCACGUCGUCCUGCUGCAAGCUGACCCCGUGGUAAAGAACCCACCCAACAACCUGUGGAUCAUCGCUGCAGUGCUGGCUCCCAUCGCCGUGGUCACCAUCAUCAUCAUCAUCAUCACUGCCGUGCUCUGUAGGAAGAACAAGAACGACUUCAAGCCAGACACCAUGAUAAACCUGCCUCAGAGAGCAAAGCCUGUGCAAGGCUUUGACUACGCCAAGCAGCAUCUGGGCCAGCAAGGGGCAGAUGAGGAGGUCAUCCCUGUGACUCAGGAAACGGUGGUCCUCCCCAUACCUGUCAGAGAUACUCCUCAGGAAAGAGACACGGCUCAGGAUGGCAGUACCAUCAAGACGGCUAAGUCCACUGAAACCAGAAAGAGGUCGCCCAGUGAGAAUGGCUCUGUCAUCAGCAACGAAUCAGGGAAGCCCAGCUCAGGGAGGUGCUCACCCCAGAAUGGAAUGACACAGCAGAAAGUGACAAAGGAGGAGUCCAGGAAGAGAAAUGGGACAGCAAGCGAUGAAGAGGAGGGAGCAGGUCUCUUUGACAGUGCUGGCAAGGCGGCAGCGGAUCCCUUUGACACAUCUUCUGGAUCCGUGCAGCUCAUAGCUAUCAAACCGUCAGCUCUGCCGGUAGUGCACCCCGCCUCAGACAGGGGCCCGGAGUCUUCAGCGGCGCUCAACGGCGAGGUGAGCAAGGCUCUAAAGCAGAAGUCAGACAUCGAGCACUAUCGGAACAAGCUACGCCUGAAAGCCAAGAGGAAGGGGUACUAUGACUUCCCCCCAGUGGAUGCAGGGAAAGGCCUAACAGAAAGAAAAAAGAUGUACGAAAAGGCCCCAAAAGAAAUGGAGCAUGCUUUGGAACCAGACCCAGAACUGUGUGCUCCUUUCGCAGAGUCCAAGAACAGGCAACAGAUGAAGAACUCAGUCUACCGAAGCCGGCAGUCUCUGAACAGCCCGAGUCCCGGAGAAACUGAGAUGGACCUUCUGGUCACACGGGAGCGACCCCGGCGUGGAAUCCGGAACAGCGGAUACGACACUGAGCCCGAGAUCAUAGAAGAGACCAACGUGGACAGAGUCCAUGAGCCCCGGGGCUACGGCAGAGCACGGCAGAUGAAGGGCCACUCGGAGACCUCCACACUGAGCUCGCAGCCUUCCAUCGACGAAGUCCGGCAACAGAUGCACAUGCUUCUGGAGGAAGCCUUCAGCCUGGCGUCUGCUGGCCACGCGGGCCAAAGCCGGCACCAGGAGGCCUACGGCUCCACUCAGCACCUGCCAUACUCAGAGGUGGUGACCAGUGCUCCAGGGACCAUGACACGGCCCAGGGCUGGAGUGCAGUGGGUGCCCACCUACCGACCAGAAAUGUACCAAUACAGCCUGCCCCGGCCGGCUUACAGGUUCUCCCAGCUUCCUGAAAUGGUCAUGGGCAGUCCCCCCCCUCCUGUUCCUCCCCGGACAGGCCCUGUGGCAGUGGCUUCCCUCAGGCGGUCCACCUCAGACAUCGGCAGCAAGACCCGGAUGGCGGAGUCCACAGGACCUGAGGCCACACAGUUGCAUGACAGUGCCUCCUUUGCCCAGGUGUCCAGAGGUCCUGUGUCCGUGACGCAGCUGGAUCAGUCGGCGUUAAAUUAUUCAGGUAACACGGUGCCAGCGGUGUUUGCCAUCCCAGCUGCCAACAGACCCGGCUUCACCGGCUACUUCAUCCCAACUCCACCGCCGUCCUACAGGAGCCAGGCCUGGAUGUCCUAUGCAGGAGACAGUGAGCUCCCUAGCCAGUGGGCUGAUUCGGUCCCUCUUCCUGGGUACAUUGAGGCCUACCCCCGGUCACGUUAUCAACAGAGCUCCCCCUCCAGGCUCCCUCGCCAGUAUAGCCAGCCAACCAACCUUCACCCCAGCCUAGAGCAGGCUCCUGUGCCCUCUGCAGCGGCCUCACAGCAAAGCCUGACAGAAAAUGAGCCUCCAGACACUCCGUUGACUAACAUCUCCACUGCGGCCCUUGUGAAGGCUAUCCGAGAGGAGGUAGCCAAGUUGGCCAAGAAGCAGACAGAUAUGUUUGAGUUCCAGGUCUAAUGCCUCAACUCUGAGGGGAUCUUCCCUUAAAGACUGUGAGGCAGCCAACAGGCUUUGGGUUUCUCUCCCCUAAUGUGUGGAGGCGCCAGAUGAUUAAAAAAACAGUAGACAAGCUCUUUCUCACCCUCGGAUUCUGAGAGUCAACAGUGGGGCUUCUGGAAAUCAGGAAACUUGUAAACAACUGGAUUCUGACUUCUGCAGCCAAUUGUGGGUCAACAAGUCCCUAACUGGGACCCUGUGCUUGAUAUUCUGUUGGGCUGAAUGUUUGGACUGUGGGUGGAAUGUCCCUGAGGAGCCCUAGUUCUGAGAGGCACUAGCUAGCCUGCAGGUUCCUGUCCAACGUCCCAUUUUCAUAAAUCACCAGAAGGGAGAGAAUGCUGCUCUGUCUUCAGUGACCUCUGCAUGUUCUCUUUCUGUGUUAAAGGCAACACAGGAGUGUGAUUAACCACCAGACUGUACUCUCUCAUUGAGCCAUGACCGUGAUCGCUUUAAAAAAAAAAUCACCUCUAGUCUGUAAGGGAGAUACUGACUCUCCAACCAAGAAACUUGAUUCUCUUUGCUUUUAAAGGUUCAUGUUCAAAGUCAAAUGAAUUGGAUGGAAAUCAGUUCCAAUGACUGUGCCUAUAAAUAGUCCCGACUCCUCUCCCCCCCACCUGUUAAUUAAAGGCCAAGAAAGAGAGCCACUGAGCCGGAAUGGCAGACUUGUGUUGACAGCCUGUUUAAAAGGUGUUGUCAGUUUGGAAGUAGAGUCUCCUGCCAAUCGGUAUCCAAAUGGAAGAGAAUCGGUGCUAAGAGGCUUGGGAGCCUACAAAAGAGAAGCAGUUGUUUGUGGAGGUUUUGCUUCAUCUGUAUUGAAGAUGGCCUGAGAACCUGGCCUUCCGGAGGGAGUAAUAGAUACAUCGACUUUAACAAGAUCUAUCUCCUACUCAGAGACGUUCUGCACGCAUUGCUGAGUGGCACGAAGCAGACCGUUACGGGUCCCAUUAGAAAUGGGAAAGGUGGAUCCAUAUCAUUCCAAGCUGCAGCCUCUGUUCCUAGAAACUUCUGAAUGUAGAAAAUCUUAUCUGAAAUUAAAUUAAAGCAUCUUUUUAAACGUUUGUGGAGUCUACCAGUUCUCCAUAGUGGAUGGACGCAGGAGGACGUUUGCUGAGAUGUCAGGGAUGCUACCUGUGGGAGUGACGUCCCUUGUCACUCUCCCUGGCAUAAAGCAUCAACCCACAGCGUCCUGGGUAGAAACACUGCCUUGUAGCUCUGGGGUACCACCAGAGCAAAUAAACCCCUCUGUGCAAAUAAAACUGAUUUGAGGUUCCAGAAAUAAAGGAAACUCUAAGUUUCCACCCUAGCUUGGGAGCCAUGUAUGGUGUCAGUGGGCCAAUUUGGUGUGUAUUAGGGAACAUGGUCCUACCCGCCUUCACCCAUGACCCAUCUCGCUUCCGCUGUACCCGUGUCCCUCUGAACCCAUCUAUGCACUGUCUUCAUGAGUUUCUUUGGUCUUUACUGAGGGAAGAGAGAGGAGAGUAGGAUUGGAACUGAUUAGAAUGGGAGAUUCAAACUGUCAAAGCACAGAACUUUCCCAAGAAGCUGUUUUUAUUUCCGUAUGGCAAACUGUCCUUUCUGGAAUGUUCAGAGACGGUAAUGUCGUGGAAUCCCCAGACAAGUCUCUUGUGGGGAUGAUGUUAGGUAGCGCCUUUUAGUAUGCUGGUUGAUCUUUCAUAGUGUUAGUCUUUUGUUACUUAAUAAGAAAUCAGCUAUAAAUAAAAUGUAUUUUUGUAAUUUCCAUGUAUAUAUAUGGUAUAUUUCUACCAAUGGCCAGUUAUAGUCCAAAUCUGAAAUCAGCUUGCAGAACACUGUGGCUGGUGCAAGAUAUUAUUGACAGACUAACGGGAUGCCUAAACCCAUCCACACAGGCAUUCGAUGCACCUGAAUGAACAAAGAGCCAAAGAAACUCAGCCUUCUCGUGCAAAUGGUGGAAGUCUGGUAACGCCAGCUACAAUGCUCCACUUAAUCAAUAAUAUCAGCAUCCCAUCAAUGCAGCGUAUCAACCCAGUACUUUGUGGACUUAGUAAAUGCUUGGGGUGUGAGAAAGAAGUUUUUGGACCAUAGUACAUGAUUGCUUCAAAAAGACAGUGUCCAAGCUUUGGGCUCCAAUAACUUCCAGAUAGAUCAGGAAUCUAGAGUUAACAAUGGUGUGGCUCCAGAUUGCUAGGAAAAUGGAGCUGCCACUCAGUGGAGAGCCCCAUGUAAUGUUUAGUUGAUUCGGACAAGUAAAAUACAGCAUUAUAAAUCAGAUUCCCUUUAAACUAGACACCGUGUGUUCAAGAAGCCUAUGCAAAGAAAACCUUAAAUUAAUGAAAAAAUUCAUAGUCAUAUUUUCCCACCAUGAUUAAAGCCUCCUGGGACUGAGAUGUUGUUCCUUCCCUAAAGAGUCUCCUAAUCUUAGCAUAGAAGACUCUGAGAAGUUCAGAUGGUUAAAAUCAUGAGAUAUAAAAGUGAGCUGAAGUUCCACAGGCACCCAGAGGAGGCUGCAGUGAGCUCAGGUCAUCAUGACCUUCGACAGUCCCCGAAGCCAUAGAGGAUCUCAGUGGUUUGGAAGGAGGAAGCCAAACUCCAGACAAGUGGAGGGUUGAGCCCCAGCCUGCUGAUUCAUGCCCCAGCCUGCUCUCCAUUUCACCAAGCUGCCUGUUCACUUGGGGACACAUUUCUCUAACUGUGCCCAGGGGAAAAAAAAAAAAAGGCAGGGUUUAUGUGAGAGAUUCCAUAUUGCUCUUGCCAAAAGAAAAGUAAAAGAAAGAAAGAAAAAAAAAACCAAUUUGGCUGUUUCCAGAGAGUUCCACUGGAGACUAUGUCCUUCGUUGCCAUGGGGGUAAUUUACUCACUCAGCACCGUGGAUCAAAAAGGCAAGCAGGGAUGCUCUGGCACUGUCACUGCAUCAGGUGACCCAGUAGGGUGGGAACAGGAAGGCCUGCUGUGUGGUCUGGUACCUGAGAUCUGAGAUUGUACAGGAACAGGAUGGUAAUUGUGAGCUGCGGAAUGGGGGGAUGCUGCCUCUGGAAGGGUUCACGACAGCUCGCUCUCCCUGGAGACAUGAUGCUGUGCACUCAUUAUUUUAAGAGCCCAGGGGGGGAAAAACAACAAUCAGAUAGACAAACAAAAAAGAUGUGCAACUUCUGAAUAAUCUUAAUUCAAAAAAAAAAAGAAAAAGGUAAGAUCUGUGAUUCAGAAGAAAGCCUUCUGUGGGGAUGGGUAGAAUGGCAAUUCUUACAUCCAAGUAAAAGCCAUGUUUCCCUGCCAGGCAAAACUUGAAAUUGAUCAAAAAAUAUUGAUUUCAUAUAAAUGAGUCCCAGGUUUUCCCCACAUAGCACACAAGUACUCAAAAGUUCAGUGAAUAAUGGAUGUAACAGACGUUUUCAAGUUCUAGAGAAAGGUUUGAACUUAAACCCAACCUCAGAGUUUGGACUUCCCUUACCAGGGACAGUCCUAGCCCCCAAAGGUGUUAAGUGUAAUUUAGCUUGUGACCCAGGGUCCAAGCAUUGGAAGUUACCGUUCUGUCAUCUAGUCCACCCUCACAGGUGUUUUAGACUCGAGGACCAGAAACCUGUCUAGUCUUGUUCCCCCUCAGGGAAGAGACUGGGGCAAAGGAGAGAAGCCAAAUGCAGAUGUGGCAAAGGGCAAGGAAGGCAUCAGCAGUCUACCUGCUUGCUGGGUCUCUCUCUCUGUCUCUGUCUCUGUCUCUCCUCUCUCUCUCUCUCUCUCUCUCUCUCUCUCUCUCUCUCUCUCUCUCUGGCACUCUCUCCUCAGCAGCUCCCAUCUGUCUCUCUCAGCACAUCUGCUUCACCCUGUCGCUUGCCUAGGCACAUCCAGCUUCCUCACCAAUGCACAUGAAACCAGAUACCAACCUCAGGACUCACGCCACACCUUUCCUGCCCGGGCACACUACUCUUGGACUAGCAUCUUUGAGACUCCUUACACAAAUGCUUGAGAAUCUGAUUGAUCAAGUUCCUAUUUGCCUGAGGUGGAUAAGCCACCCUCAGGGCAGGUGCCCAGCCAGCCAGCUGUAAGCAAAGAGGCAGGGAGCCAUUCGGCAGGGGCUCUCGUCGAGGGUUGGUACCCCAAGGAAGGACCAUGAUCAGCAGGACUCCUUAAAGGAACCUGCCACAGACUGUAACUGACGGUAUCCCUAAGAUACCACCCAGCAGCCAGCACUCGGAGGGCAGUCCUCUGGAUACCACCCCCACCCUGAGGAAAAGGCAUCUCCCACUCGUACAUGAGGUGAGAGUGCACACACUUGAUCAAUUGAUGGACUGGCCAGACUGCCCCCAGACCUCCCCACCCCUACCCACCCUAGUUACCACUGCUGGGCUCCAGAAAAGAUCUCUGACCAAGGCCCAGUGAACCCAAUGUCUUGCUCAGCUCAGCAGACAAUAAAUACUUGUAAACUGAAUUGCAUGAUCUUAGCUCGGGUGCUAUUAAUGUGGCUCCCAGCCACACAUUUGCAUGGAUGAGAAAACUGACGAGCCUCUCCAUAGAGUCUCUCUGAGACAAGAUUGGUUUCGAGUGAAAAUGAUAACCACGAUGGCUCUGAGCUUCUGGCUAGAAGUUACGUGUUCUGAGAACAGAAAGGGCUCCCGAUUGCUUAGGUGAACUGUUACAGAAUCUAGGUGGUCAUAAAUAUUGAAAUGUAGGUGUUUCUGAGAGGGGGUAUGUAAGAAAUAUAACUGUAUCUGAAGCAGAUUCUCUUAGAAGAUACCGAGUUGCUUUGAUUAGGUUUCAAGAAGAGGGAGAUUUCGAGAAGGUAGACUUUGUCCUCAGAGGUCAAGCCCGUACUUGAUGUAGAGCCAUCCUGUUGUAACUGUAGAACAUCCUAUGAUAAAUCUAGAAACUAAUCGUUUCGUCCGCUGGCUUGUGCGGACUCUUGUAAAUUAUGGAAGGAGGCCAUCCAAUGUACUUUACAUAAAUUAACCGUGGCCUCACCUUGCGCUCCUUCAUUUCUUCUUUGGGUCUAAACUCACCUCCACCCUCACAUAAAUUAAGGAGAGAAAAGAAAAAAAAAUGUACCAAACAAAAUGGGAGGAGUGUUGCUGGAGUGGAGAUUCUGAGAGGGUGUGAAUAUUCUAGGACUUGAGUGACUCACUCUGGCCGGUCUGUGACUCCUCUCGGGUCAAAUGGAAAUACUAACAUCUGUACUUCCUACCUCCAUGAGGAGCAUGUGUACAAUGUGUCUGAACCUGGUUUGGGAAGUGUACUGGAAAGAUUGGCUAUUAAAGCCAUUUGUUUUACAACUCAGUUGGGUCCAGCUCCUGCUACCCACUGAAUUAAUUUGUGUUGUCAUGUGUUCAAUGACACAACUUCUUAUCAAGGAAGAAUAAAGGAAUUCUGCAGUUUGUAAUUGCCCACAAAGGUCAGCCCACAUGGAGUUGCUGUUAUCGCCUGUGGUUUGGAGGGUAUGUGAGUGUUUCUACGUGUGCUUUGACUCUGGGUGGAAAAAACCCAGACUGUGAGUCUCUCAAACCACUUUAGAUGCACUGGGCAAAGUCGUGAAUGGGAGCUUUGAAUGUAGCGGUUGUUACUUCGAUGCUUUGCUUCCUAAUUAACUUUGUACGUCCUCUGCCUCUGCCGGGAACAGAGUGUUCAUAUGCUGUUAGAAUUUUUUAUUGUAAAAUAAAAUGACAAAGGCUUUCAUACCCCAAAA